UGCAUGAUUAGAAAUAGUGAGAAGAAUCAGAUAUACUAAUAGGUCCAUUUCACUUGUGUACUAGCCGCCUAUCUUUACUAUAGUAGUUCUUUUUUAGCUCACUUUAUUCUCCACUUGACAAACAAUAUGAUUAUUGCAAGAACCAAAUGCUAUCUGCAUAAUCCUAUAAAGCCACUUGAAUCUGUGGUGACUUAAGAAGUGAGGUGUGUAGUCAACACAACGAUCUAGAAUGGGGUUUCCUUAUUCUCUUCAUCUUCUCUUCCUUUCAUUGUUUCUUUCUGCUCAUAUGUUCUGUUUCUUAGCAAUAGCACAAAGAUCCACUUAUAUUAUCCAUCUGGACAAAUCCUUAAUGCCGAAUGUCUUUGCUGAUCACCAUCAUUGGCAUUCUUCUACCAUUGAUUCCAUCAAAGCUUCUGUUCCUUCAUCAGUGGACAGAUUCCACUCUACUCCAAAACUUGUUUACUCUUAUGACAAUGUGUUUCAUGGCUUCAGUGCUGUUUUAUCCCAAGAUGAACUGGAAGCUUUGAAAAAGUCACCAGGUUUCAUUUCAGCUUAUAAAGAUAGAACAGUGGAACCUCAUACUACCCACACAUCUGAUUUCCUCAAACUCAAUGCUUCAUCAGGGCUAUGGCCAGCUUCUGGUUUAGGCCAAGAUGUGAUCAUUGGUGUUCUUGACUCUGGUGUCUGGCCAGAAUCCCCAAGUUUCCAAGAUGACGGUAUGCCUGAAAUCCCCAAAAGGUGGAAGGGAAUUUGCAAGCCAGGCACUCAGUUUAAUACUUCAAUGUGCAACAGAAAACUCAUUGGGGCUAAUUACUUCAAUAAGGGAAUUUUGGCUAAUGAUCCCACUGUUAACAUUUCCAUGAAUUCUGCCAGGGAUACUGAUGGUCAUGGCACACAUGUAGCUUCAAUUUCUGCUGGGAAUUUCGCCAAAGGUGUUUCCUUUUUUGGAUAUGCACUAGGAACAGCAAGAGGGGUCGCGCCACAUGCUAGGCUAGCUGUAUACAAGUUUAGCUUUAAUGAAGGAACAUUUUUAUCAGAUUUAGUUGCUGCUAUGGACCAAGCUGUCGCGGAUGGUGUUGACAUGAUAUCCAUAUCAUACGGGUCCCGUUUCACUCCCUUGUAUGAAGAUGCGAUAUCAAUUGCUUCUUUUGGAGCUAUGAUGAAAGGAGUUCUUGUUUCAGCUUCAGCAGGAAACCUAGGUCCGGAUACUGGAACUUUAAAAAACGGAUCUCCAUGGAUCUUGUGCGUGGCAUCAGGCCACACUGACCGGACAUUUGCAGGAACUUUGACUUUGGGCAAUGGCUUAAAAAUUAGGGGGUGGAGCUUGUUUCCUGGAAGAGCCAUUGUUAUGGAUUCACCAGUGAUUUACAACAAGACUCUGUCUGGUUGCAGUUCCGAGGAAUUGCUAUCACAAGUUGAAGAUCCCGAACGCACCAUCAUUAUAUGUGAUGAUAACGGGGAUUCCUCUGAUCAAAUGCGUACUGUCACUCGAGCAAGACUCAAAGCGGGCAUAUUUAUUUCUGAUGAUCCAGGAGUGUUCAGGUCUGCUUCAUUUCCCAACCCCGGAGUUGUGAUUAAUAAAAAGGAAGGGAAACAAGUCAUCAAUUAUGUGAAAAAUAAUGUCACUCCCACAGCCACCAUCAUGUUCCAAGAGACAUAUCUAGAUGCAAAGCCAGCACCGGUUGUUGCUGCAUCCUCCGGACGAGGCCCCUCUAGAAGCUACUUGGGAAUUGCAAAGCCAGAUAUAUUGGCACCAGGGGUGUUGAUUCUUGCAGCAUAUCCGCCAAACGUAUUUGCUACAAGUAUUGGGGCGAACAUACAAUUGUCCAGUGACUACAUUCUUGAAUCAGGCACAUCCAUGGCUGCACCACAUGCUGCUGGAAUUGCAGCAAUGCUAAAAGCCGCGCAUCCUGAGUGGAGCCCUUCAGCUAUUCGCUCUGCCAUGAUGACCACAGCAGAUCCUUUGGACAACACUCGAAAACCUAUUCUAGAUUCGGACGUUAAUUGGGCAGCCACGCCCUUAGCCAUGGGAUCAGGACACGUUGAUCCCAACAGAGCACUCGAUCCUGGCCUAGUAUAUGAUGCUACUCCACAAGAUUACGUAAAUCUCCUAUGCUCUAUGAAUUUCACAGAAGAGCAAUUCAAAACAUUUGCAAGAUCAUCAGCCAAUUACCACAACUGCUCAAAUCCAUCUGCGGAUCUCAAUUACCCAUCAUUCAUUGCCUUGUACAGCGAAGAGGGCAACUUCACCUUGUUGGAGCAGAAAUUCAGGAGGACAGUUACAAAUGUUGGUCAAGGGGCAGCUACUUAUAAAGCUAAGAUAAAAGCUCCCAAGAAAUCUAAAGUUUCAGUGUCACCACAAAUUUUGGUGUUCAAGAACAAAAAUGAGAAGCAAAGUUAUACUUUGACAAUUCGUUAUAUAGGUCCCAAUAGAAACGCUGGGUCUAUUACUUGGGUUGAAGAGAAUGGAAAUCAUUCUGUUAGAAGCCCUAUAGUGAUAUCUCCCAUAAUUGAUGUAUGGUAAUAAGUCGUGCCACUUUAUGAAUAUUUUCCCUUGGGAU